AUGGCCAAUCGCCUGCCUCCUCUGAAUGAUGUGGCCCCUUCCGCGGCCCUCAACUCUACUUCCUCGGGAACCCGUGAGACUCCAGCCGCGACCGACACCGUCAACUUGGACUCGGAAUAUGUGAAACUGGAAGACUCGCCUACGCCAUCCGCAGUGACGUCCGCGGAUGCAGAUGCAGAAACACCGGUGCCCGACACUGGCGGGCCUGCGGGGCGGAAACGCAAGUUGAAUAGUAGUUCCGCAAGAGGUGUAGCCAAUCUCACUCCCGAGCAGCUGGCGAAGAAACGAGCCAACGACCGGCAGGCUCAACGGGCAAUUCGCGAGAGGACCAAAGCUCAUAUAGAUUCGCUGGAACACCGCGUCCGCGAGCUGUCUUCUCAGAAGCCAUUUUUGGAUCUUCAGGCGGCGCUGAAGCAGAAUGAAGCUAUUCAAGCCGAGAACCGCGACAUCAAACAGGCGUUGAAGGCGAUCAUGGAUGUCAUUCAGCCUUUAGUCGGGAAGCACGAAACGUCUAGUGCUAAUCCUCCCGCCUCUGCAGCCGCUCCCUCGGGCACGCAUUCGGCCCCCCCUUUGUCUACAGCACCGCCGUUUGCAAAAACCAGUUACUUUAGUGACACCGGGCCAACCAAUGUCGACCAUUCCUAUUCCGAAGCUUCCGCGAGAAUUGAAACGCCUUCAUCCACACACUCGGCGCCCUUGUUAGGCACCAUCCGGCGCGAAAGCGCUACAAAUGGGACGUCGGCUUCAUUUCGCAUUGCAUUUGACUAUCAGCGGCAUAACCUGACGCAUGGGUUGGAUUUUGGGAGCGAUGAACGGAUGGCCUUUAACUUUCUACUUGAUGCAUCCCAACAAGUUCCGAAAGUGGAGGGCUUCCGUCGUUCGCCGGGGAACUUCCGAGCGGCCCCAAUGAACGCUCCUCCGGCCUACCCAUCGCCGAUCCACGGAUCCAUGGCGGAGCAGUCUCUGCCCGCCUACAUGACGCCAAUCCGAAACAUUGCACCGACCUGCACACUUGAUGCCAUUCUGUUGGACUUUCUCCACCAUCGACAGCGCGAAGCUGCCUCGGGUGUCCCCCAGCAGAAGCUAGUGGGGCCUCCUUAUCCCAGUGUCUCCUCCCUGCUCAAUCCAGAAAGAGGUGCUUUCUCACAUCCGUUGUCAAAGGUGUUCACGGAUAUCCUGCGCACUUUUCCGGAUAUUUCUUCCCUUCCGGAGCAAGUAGCUGUCUUAUAUGUCAUGUUCCUUCUCAUGCGAUGGCAGAUCUACCCAACACCUGAAAAUUAUGAUCGGCUACCGGAAUGGCUGACUCCGCGCCCAUCACAACUUUUAACGCCACACCCCGCCUGGAUUGAUUACUUGCCGUGGCCGCGGAUGCGCGAUCGUGUCGUGAUGGCACACCAGGACUACCCUUUUGACAAUUGGUUUAUACCAUUUACGCGUACACUGUCAGUCAACUGGCCAUAUGAGGAAACUGAUUGUCUUUUGUCGACGGGAGAUAACGAUGAAUUGAUCAUCAACCCCGUCUUUGAAAGGCACCUACGCAACCUCAACAAUUGGAGUCUCGGGCGUGCAUUUGCGGAAGCGUAUCCGUCCUUAGCUGAGACAGCCAGAAUUAAGAACCACCCAUAG